AUGUCAGGAGUGUCAAGACACCACGAUCGGAUCUCAAUGGAAAGUCGUAAUCAUACCCAGGGUCGGUUGAAACGGGACCACUGUCUGCUCAAAGUUGUCGUUGUCGGGGCUGGAAUUGGUGGUCUUGCGUGUGCAAUCGCAUGUCGAAGAGCCAAUCCACCGCUGGCCGUCACUGUUGUUGAGCGAGCUCCAGAGAUCCUCACAAUUGGCGCAGGAAUCCACAUCCCUCCCAACGCCUGCAGAAUCGUUACGCAUCUCGGCCUGUUAGAAGAACUGAAGCAGGCAAAGGCGUAUUCUGUCGAAGGGUUUACCUUAAGAAGAUACAAAGACGGAAAUGUUAUUGUUGAGAAGCCGAUGGGAGAAAGAAUGGAACGAGAAUAUGGGGCGGAGUGGCUAGCCAUUCAUCGAGGGGACUACCAGAACGUCUUGUUAGAGGCUGCUCGAAAGAAUGGUGCAAAGAUAAUCACGAACGGGGAAGUCACCGGUAUCGAACAAGGCACUGGAGAAGAUCUCGGGAAGCAGAUUGUUCUGAUGAAAGAUGGAAAUCGCAUGAUGGCAGAUAUUGUGGUUGGCGCGGAUGGUCUCUGGUCUGGAAUUCGAGAGUAUGUCUUGGGCAGACCUAUGCCGCCUGUUGAAACCGGCGAUCUUGCAUAUCGAGGGACCUUCACGCGAGAACAGCUGAAAGGGUUCAGGAAUGAAAAGAUUGACAAACUGAUCGAAGCAUCAAAUGUCCAAGUUUGGCUGGGUUCAGGACGACACGCAGUGUUCUAUCCAUUAAGAGACAAAACAGAGUAUAACCUCGUGCUGCUUUGCGCGGACAAUCUCCCAGAAGGUGUCCGGGCGUCGCAAGGAAGUCUUGAAGAAAUGGCAGCCAACUUUGAAGGCUGGGAUCCGACCUUGAACACCAUCAUAUCAUGCUUGAAGUCGGCCUUGAAAUGGAAACUUCUCCAUUUUAAAGAGCUUGACCAAUGGACAAAGGUGUGUUUCCGAAAGCUUGUGCGGAAGCGACCUCAGCUCACUCCAGACAACCAGGGCCCGGUCGCUUUGCUCGGCGACGCUUCCCAUCCCACUCUGCCGUACCAGGGCCAGGGGGCCGCGAUGGCUGUCGAAGACGGUGCCAUCCUGGGACUCCUUCUCUCCCGGCUGCAGAAUAGUGGUAUUUCGCCCGUCGCCGAGGAGAGGAGCGCACAGUUGACCGACCUCCUUCAUUUGUAUGAAGAUUUGAGGAAGAAGAGAACGGAGGUCAAUGUAGCCGGUGCUGUGCACACGCGACACUUUUAUCAUCUGGCCGACGGAGAUGAGCAACUCAAACGGGACCAGGAGCUGGCCGGGCUUCCCGCGUCUGGUUGGCAGGGCGCCUGUAGUUUCAAUUGGGGAGAUGCUGCUUACCAGAAAAACUUGUUGGGAUUUGACGUCCUUGCAGACGCCGACAAAAAUUUCGACGACUGGUUGUGCAGAGGGUCCACGAGCAGGUGGAAAGUCACGAGGCCGACAGGAAUGUUAUAA